UUUCCCUCCCCGUGCAUCCAUGCUCCUCCACACCACUGAUGUCAACAUUGUCGAGCUGUCAGUGGUGAGGCGCGUCGUAGCUUCAAGGGUGUGCGCGCUCUCGACACAGCAGGAAAUAUGGCGGCGCUCAUGACUCUCACCCAGUUAUCGAGUGGAAACCCAGUUUACGAAGUCUACUACAGACAGGUGGAUCUGGGAGACACUGGGACAGUAGGAGCUGCAGAUGCUGCUCAGUUCCUGAAGAAAUCAGGCCUUUCAGACAGUACCUUAGGAAAAAUCUGGGAUUUGGCUGAUCCAGAAAGGAAGGGCUUCUUGGACAAACGGGGUUUCUUUGUAGCGUUGAGGUUGGUGGCCUCAGCUCAGGGUGGCAACGACAUCAGUCUCAACAACCUCAACCAGACUCUAGCAGCACCCAAGUUUAGAGACACAAAUACUCCGUUGCUCAGCACAUCGCUGAGUACAUCUUCAUCUGAUUCCCAUUGGGCUGUAAGGUCUGAUGAGAAAAGGAAGUUUGAUGACAUCUUUGAAAGUCUUCUACCAGUCAACGGUCUUUUGUCUGGAGACCAAGUCAAACCUGUCCUGAUCAACUCCAAACUACCCCUGGAUGUGUUAGGAAGGAUUUGGGACCUCGGUGACGUGGAUAAAGAUGGACACUUGGACAGAGAGGAGUUUUCAGUGGCCAUGCACCUGGUGUACAGGGCUAUGGAGAAGGAGCCUGUCCCCUCCGUCCUGCCCUCCUCCCUCAUCCCUCCAUCCAAGAGGAAGAAGUCUGCGGGGGCUCUGCCUGGCGCCGUCUCCGUCCUGCCUCCCUUGUCUGCCCUCUCAGGCCUGUCUGGUCUGUCUCGGACAGCCAGCUCUCCUCCCCUGCCCGGCGCUGUAGCGGCUCUGCCUGGCCUGUCUGGUCUGUCUCGGACAGCAAACUCUCCUCCUCUCAAAGACACCCUACACUCCACCCCAUCUCACGGAAGCAUCACCUCCAUCAACAGCACUGGCAGUCUCUCUCCUAAACACUCGUUCAAAGCCCCCUCACAGUCACCUGCAGUAGUGAACUGGGUGGUCCCGGUGGCAGACAGAGGACGUUAUAAUGACAUCUUCCUGAAGACAGACACAGACAUGGACGGUCUUGUCACCGGAGGGGAAGUCAUGGAGAUCUUCAUGCUAUCCAGCCUUUCUAAGACCAUGCUGGCACAGAUCUGGGGUCUGGCUGACACCAAGCAGACAGGAAAGCUGUCUAGAGAGCAGUUCUCUUUGGCCAUGUGGCUGAUCCAGCAGAAAGUCACCAAGGGAUUGGACCCUCCCCAGACCCUCACAACUGAAAUGAUACCCCCCUCUGAGAGGACCACCACCUCUGUUCCUGACAGCAGCAGUUCUACAGAGUCAGCUGACCUGACAGGCAUCAAAGAGCUGGAUGACAUCAGUCAGGAAAUCGCCCAGCUGCAGAGAGAGAAGUACACUCUGGAGCAGGACAUCAGGGACAAAGAGGAAGCCAUCAGACAGAAGAACAAGGAAAUUCAGGAUAUGCAGGGGGACCUGGACCAGGAGAGUGGUGGUCUGCAGGACCUGGAGGCCCAGAAGCAGGAUGCUCAGCAGCAGCUGGAGGAGAUGGACCAGCAGAGGAACAAGCUGGAGGGAAUGCUAAAAGACGUCCAUCUGAAGUGUCAGGAUCAGUCCACGCUGAUCUCAUCCUUACAGACCCAGAUCCACAGUCAGGAGUCUGACCUGCAGAGUCAGGAGGAUGAGCUGAGCCGUACCAAGUCUGACCUGAACAAACUGCAGUUGGAGGAGAAGCAGCUAGAGCAGAACCUACUGGCCGGACGCAUGCAGCUAGACUCCAUCAUCAAGUCACUCAAGGCCACCCAGGAUGAGAUCAACCAGGCUCGUAGUAAGCUUUCUCAGAUCCAGGACAGUCAACAGGAGGUGACUAAGACUAUAGAGCAAUACAACAACGCUCUGAAUGGAACCCACAGCCAGACUCAUGCUGGUAGCAUGACCAACCUGGCAGACAUGAGCGAAGUAGAAUUCUCAGAGAGGGAGAACGGGGAAUUUGGAGCCAGGGAGGACAAUUUCAAAUCGAGGAUAGCCAUGUUCAGCAGCAACAAAUCAACACCAAAACCCCUUCCUGCAGCAGACCCCUUCCAAACAGAGGACCCCUUCAAAUCAGACCUCUUCAAAGAUCCAUUUGGAGCAGAUGAUCCCUUCAAAGAGAGUGAUCCAUUCAAGGGUGCUUCCUCAGACUUCUUCAAGAAAACGACCGAUCUGUUUGCCUCAGCAGAUCCCUUCAGUAGAAAACCUACUCCCCCCAUCAAGCCUGGUGGAAGUCUGUCUGGUAGCAGGAAUCUGUUAACCUCCCACAGCCCCCAGGCCCAGCCCCAGCCCCAAGCCUACAGAUGGCUUCGGAACAGUGGACCCUUUCGGUGGCAACGCUUUUGGAGGAAAGAGUGGAUUCGCAGACUUCAGUCAAAUGUCCAAAAAGAAACCAAUCAACCCCGUGCUACCACCUAAAAACACACCCAACAGGCCUGCACCUCCUUAUGGACUGGAAAGUGUCAAGUCAGGAAGUGAGUCAGAGCAGCUGGCGUGGGCAAAGAGGGAGACUCCGCCCACAGGAACAGGAGAGACUGAGGAGACUCCACCCACAGGAACAGAAGGACCCAGACCUGGCCAUCGCCCUCAGCAAGGAUGAAAACCCUAUUAAAAACCCUAUUAGACUCACUUCAAUAACCACAGUCCUGUUAGACACUCACAACAACACUCACCUCCUGGCCACAGUCCUGUUACAAGCUGAGUAAAACAAUGCAACUAACUGAUAUCAUACAGUACAGCACAACAUACAGCUUCACCAGGAGCAGUAGUUCCUCAACAGCCUAAAUACUACCGUCUGACUAGAGCCUGAGGACAGUGUGUCUUCAGACUUGACUACAAUGCUUGUACACCCCCCAAUAUAAACCAGAGUACACCCUAACAACAACUACAACUUCACCCUGACAACAGCCUCCCGCUGCAGCUCUGUGACGUUCUGACAACAGCCCCUCUAGACUGUGGCCCAAUCAUCUCCUAACCCCUGUGCCCAAAUUGGCCCCUAAACCCUGCGCCCUAUGCUAAUCUGAGAGGAUUUGACAGGUGUAAGUAAUCUGGCUAUAGCUCCAGCGUGCUCUCUGAUAGGCUAGGUGGAAGUUUCACUAUAUUGCUUAUACCAAUCAAAUCCUCUCCGAUCUCUACAAGUGCAUAUGGUGUAGGGUUUAGGGGUCGAUUUGGGAUUGGGCCUAGGAUUUGAGGAUGGGAUAGCAGCCCCUCUACCGAUCCAGUUCCACUGAAGCCAGACUUUAUCAACACUAACCUACCAAAGCCUCUCUUUAACCUCUUUGUCAUCGUCAGCCUCAAUGGUUAAUUCUAGUUAGCUGCAUCACAACUAAAAUCAGCUACAGCUCAGCUCCUUUUUUUUAGCCCGACCUGACUGACUGACAGCCUAAAUCAAGAGUGACUUAACUCUGACUUGGCUAAGGUCAAGGGUCGUUCUGACUCUAGUAGACCUCGUAGUUCUUCUAUGGGGAGACUCUGGGUGCUUAACUUUAUUUUGCUUCAUCAUUUGUUGUGAGGAAAUAGCCAAGAUUUUAACAUUUUUAUUUAAUUUGUAUUAUUUAUAUAGGGAAAAAUCAUGCACUUGUGGUUUAUGAAGUAUCUGUACAUGCACUGUUAUAACUGUAUAAUAUACCCUUAAAUAACUGCUUAAAAACAUUCAUGCUAAAAGUCUAAAGUUAUAGCAUACUCUUUCUCUGUCAGUGAGUGUGCUUGUGUUCCUAAUUUCUGGUGAAAAUCUCCUUUUGGUAAGGAAAUGUUUAGAUUAUGGAAAUACAGAUAUUCUUUGUUAUUUUCUUGUCUCGGGGUUCUCUACUUUUUAUUGCCUUCCACCCCAACAGAAGAAUGACAAGUUCAAAAACUCUCCUGCCUUAAAGGAUAUGGGGGGGUUGACCUUUCACCUCUCACUGUCAACAUUUAGAUUGUAUUUUUGUUGUAAUCUCUUAAUGCUAAACUCUAUAAUGAAUUCAGUGGGUUGACUUUGAAGUGUUUCAUCUGUUAUUGAUUUAUUCAACUAGGGCAUUAGAAUUACUACCUUUCUUUUAUAUUUAAUUCAUUUUCAGAAGACAAUUUCUUGUUACACUCAUAAGCACCACAGUCAAUAAUAACUCAGUUUGGUCCUGGCCACUACCUGCCGCAAGGAUGUGCUGUCCUAAUGGCUUGUAUUUCACUGAUGAUAGGGCUUGUUUGGCACGUACAAUGUGUGUUUAUGACCUCCUUUGGUUGUCUCAAUUUCCACCCUAUUUCCUAUGGGGGCCCCUUGUUAAAAGUAGUGCACUAUAUAGGGAAUAGGGUGGCAUUUGGGCUACAGACACAGUGUCUGUGUGUAUAUUCAAGGAACUCUGUGCUGCAGCUCAUUCUCCAGUGUUGUAUUGGUCACACUGAGAUGCAUUAAGAAGUGAUGUCUGUCUUACUUAUCCACAACCAAAAUGGCUCAUUUCAUGUGUAACGGUAUAUAUGAUUAUAAAUAUUCCUUCAAGGUUGAAAUAAUUGUAAUCCUGUGUAUAUCUUUGAAUAUAAAUAAAACGUCAUGUAACAUUCCA